CAACAAUCCAUACAGUGGUCCUAUCUGGCAGCCGGGCUGGGUACACUCAUGGCCCUCUCACUCCUUGUUGUGAUGACAGUCAAGUUUCGCCUCUUCCAUCGUUUUCUGGCCAGCUACAGACACUCCCUGCUGCAGGAGACUGACGGAGUCAGCCAGUACGGUCAAGAUGACUUGUCCUUCCCCAACGUGUCAGGUCAGCUGGCAGUAGUCAGACAGACUUGCAGAGACCUGGAAGAUGACGAUGAUGGAUUCAUUGAGGACAACUACAUCCAGACCAGUGAGAAACACCAGGCCCACAGAGAAAUCCAGGAGGAGGUGGAGGAGGGGGAGGACAGCGAUGAUGAUCUUCAGUUCACCAUAGGGUGAUUAUAAUUAUAUAAGUUUAUAUAAAGGAGAAAUAUUCACAAGCUGCUGGUUUAGAACUGAAAAUAAAAAUGGAGGUUUGCCUUGUGGCUUUGACCUCUUACAAAGAACGACAGAUGCACAAACAACAUGACAAACAAGUUUUGUUUAAUACCAUAAAAUAAGUUUAUCAUGUUUUUUUAUUGUCUUACAGUUUGCAA